AAAAAACAUGGUGUGAUUCAUGUCUAUGGUAACAGAGUCAAAAGUAUCUUCUCUGUAGUGCAUUUUUAAGUAAAAGUAAAUUGUAAAUGUAUCUCAUUGUUCUUGGUUACAGUAAACGAACAUGCAUAAUUUUGGAACUUGUAUUAUGCUUGUAUGUUUUAAGGUCGCGUGGAGUUUUGGGAUUUAUUUCAAAUCAAGACACGAGCCGAAGUGCUCAUAACAGAACCGUCUGUAUUUCCCAGGGCCUGGGUUUCAGCCCCCCCGCGCACUCCCACAACGACUGGAUCGGGCCCCCGGACAAGCAUUCCAACCUGCGCCCCGUCAUCUUCUACGUGCCCCCCGAGGAGUCGCCCCUGGAGCGGCGGCUGCGGAGCGACGGCAGGAGGGGGCCCAGCCUGCUAACCAAGGCGUGCUUCUGGGCACGGGGGGCACCUACUUUGUGGUUGCCGUCCUUCCGACAGGAAAAAGAAGAAUUUAUUUAUUCAAGACUGAAAGCCAAGGGUCUGGAAAUGAGAGAUGAAACAGGUCAAAAAGCAACACUGAAUGCAGAAGAAAUGGCUGACUUUUACAAGGACUUUCUAAGUAAAAAUUUUAGAAAACAUAUGCAGUAUAACAGAGAUUGGUAUAAACGUAAUUUUACGAUCACAUUCCUCAUGGGACAAGUAGCACUGGCAAGAGCUCUGAGGUGGCUUCGUUGGAAAAAGAAAAAUGUAGAACGUUAAUCACAGCUCUGUGAAGAAUGCAACAGUAGCUAGGCCUGGUAUAAACAUGUUUAUAGUGAUGUUCAGAAUCUGAAUGAUGUAAUAAUUGCUUGAGUCUGUUUGUUAAACUAUGUCAAUAAAAGUCAAUAUUGGUCUUAAGUUAUAAUCA